CACGUCGUGACACAUUCGCCGCUUGCUCGUCACCUCCAGCCACCUAUUAUUCGCCUUUGUGAUUUGCCAAGCCGUGUCGCCACUGUCUUCUAAGGACAAUUCGCUCCCGGUUGCUACAACAGCCGCCUCACAACUCUCCGCUCAAUCGUUCUUCCUCUCACCCGUGGACAACUCUUAUCCUACCAUCAGCCAACAUCAGAGCCUCCCCGCAUCAACAUGGUGUUCUACGCAAGACCAAAGCGUCGCCAACCCGCGACGGAACACGCAAAAGCAGCCACAUUCACCACUUUACCAGAUGAGGUUCUCCUCAGCGUCGUCGAAAACCUGGAAAUCACAUCCGUCCUGCACCUCCGAUUGACCUGCCACAGUCUGGUGCCGGUCUGUGCCACCGUCAUGCGGCAGCUACUCAACAGACUGUAUCUGCAUCCCUCGCCCAAAGCUCUGGCCAACGUGGCACACAUCUGCGAGCAUCCCGUCUUCAGCAAGUACAUCGAGGAAGUCGUCGUGCUGGGCCAACCGCUGUGGCGCGAGAUUGAAGCAUCUUGUCCUGACUACCGGAGGUCGCCGAAUGGCUUGGUCUCCCAGUCAAUCGCGCGCUCCGGGCGACCGACACCUGGGUACCAUUCGGAGUGUACCUGGGAAGAAAGGUUCUACGUCUGGCCGGCGAUGGUCGCCAAAGAUGCCGACAAAUCUCGCGUGCGCGCUUGCGAGGAGCGUGAGCCGGACUGCCGUCUACGCCCUGUACUUGAAUACCUCGUCGGGGCUCUGAGGAAAUUACCGCAGUUGAGCAGGCUAGCUUUUGAGGAGGAAGCAUCGGGGUCAGGAUUCAACCAACUCUGUGCGGUCUAUAUCUCGCGGUUCGCCAAACGCCUCACGCAAGCACCGCCGAAGCAGCUGCCCGAGGGGACCAACAAGGGCACGGUAGUCGCAAAGCCUCGCGCUCGUGUCUCUGACGCGCACGUUUUCUACGGACUCCUGCUCGACCCCAGAUUGUCUUUCUCAUCCGUACAUCAAGGCCGCGAACUCCCCUUUGCCGACGUCGGCAGAAUCCAAUACCACCAGCGCAUCCCAGGCUCUCCGUCGCCAGAUCCAUUCGAGACAAUCACGAGCCUGGACCUGUCCAUCGAUUGUGGAUGGAGACGUAAUGCGUCGCAUCUGCUGUAUCACCAUUUGAUCCGUCAGACUCGGGUAAAGCUGCGACGAGUAAAACUUACCCUCACCCCCGACGCGCCAUGGAGGCGGCCGGCUCCUGAAGAUCUCCUUGCUACCAUCUUGCACAGUCUGCAAUUUCCACACUUGGAAGGCCUGGAGAUUGAGCUACGGGAAUGCGGCCCACUCGAGUACUGCGACGCAACACCACCCAUGUACAUGGACAGACGACCACGGCCCUCGUGUCUCGAAUUCGACAUGCCCGGCUUUCUGCGUCGACACUGCGACACACUCACGUGUCUCAGCUUCAAGAACGUCAUAUUCGUCUGCAGUAACUCGUUCGAUCCAUACUCCGUAUCACACAGCAUCCGCGACUGCCUGGAAAUCCUAGACGAGGCUCCCAAAUUGGAGAGUAUCGAAUGGACUGUCAAUUACUACACCCACGACCCAAGAUGCAAGCACCCAGCCGACUUUCCUCUGCAAUGUCGCAAGUUCCAUUGCGGCGUGUAUUGCGUCACGGGAUGGGGGGAUCCGAGGCUGGAACAUAUUGAGACUGCUGCUCUCACGCACGGAGUGCCUUUGGCCUACGACAGGGGGCUGUGGGACUUUGGGGAGGGGAUCAUGCGGAGGAGGAAGUUCGAGAAGCGCAACGUCGAGACGGACGAUGAGCUCAGCGCUGUCGUGCGGAAACUCAAGGACUCGAGGGUGGCCGUGGCGGAGGAGAGUUGAUCGGGAGGUCGAGCUCGUAGUU